AUGGAAGCGGGCGGCGCGCACGGAGAUGCGGGAGAGCAGGACGUGGACGACAUCGUCCUGGCGGACGACGAGUGGGCGAGGCUGCGCGCCGACCACAGCUCGGGGGUUCGCGGCGUGCUGGGGCGCAUCGGGCACCUCAAGGGCGUCCUGGAGCAGGCCAUCGAGCGCCUUGACAGGCUGAAGCUCUGCCACGACGAGGCCGCCCUGCGCGCCAGCGACCUCAUGUCCGUCCUCGAGGACCUGCCCUCGGACUGCUUCUUCGUGCUGGACCCGGCCGGCCACGUGCUCUACUCCUCGGACAACGUGGCGGCAGUCCUCGGCGUGCCCCGGGAGAGCAUGGAGGGCAAGCCGCUGCAGGCCCACCUCGGGCUGCGCGACGCCGCCGAGUUCGCGCACUGCCUGCUCCACGGGCACCAGUGCGCGCUCGAGGGCCACCCGCCGCGCUCCGCCGCCACCUGGCUCGCCCGCUGCGUCAUGCCCUCGGACGACCCCGACGCCCCGCACGCCCGCGCCGUGCUGCCCGUCGUCGUGUCGCUGGGCUGGCUGGGCUCGAGCGCCGCCGACGCCGCGCACAUCGGCUCCGCGUCGUCCGGGGCCGCCGCGGACGCGCCCGUGGUGUUCGCGAUGCUGCACCGCCUCCAGACCGCGACCAACGUCCGCCCGAAGGGGACCAACGACCGGUUCGAGCCCGGCGUGACGGGGCUGUACAGCAGCACCACGAGCCGGCGCAGCGUGGCGAGCAGCAGCGUCACGGAGGGCGCGCGCACGACGGACACGCAGAUGGAGCCGCGCCAGCAGCAGCACGUGCCGCCGCUGUCGCUCUCCGAGGUGAUGGCGCACGCGGCCGUCGAGGAGUCGCCGUUCCCGGCCGUGCUGGUGGACGCGCGCACGGGGCGCGCCACGGCCGCGUCGUCGUGCCUCGCCGCCACGCCGCUCGGCGUCCCCGCGGGCGCGCUCGUCGGCGCGCAGGUCGCGUCGUGCCUGGUGGUCGGCGACGGCGGCCCCGCGUUCGACGAGGCCCUGGCGGCGGUGCGCGAGUCGGGCAGGUGCCAGCGCGUCGUCGGGCAGCUGCGCCCGGCGUCCGACGGCGGGGCCGCGACGCCGUUCGCGGGCCUGCUCUUCCGGCACUUUGCCGCGGCGGGCAGCGACGGCGACGCGGACCCGACGGUCGUGUUCGCGCUCGCGCCCAGUGCGCUCCACCUGGCCACGCUCGCGUCCUCCGCGCGCAUCGCGGGCCUCCUGCGCGUGUGCCCGUCGUUCGUGUUCCGCACCGACGUCUUCCUCGACGUGCUCGCGAGCUCCGCGCUCUACCAGCGCGUGUCGGGCGCGUCCGCGGAGGACGUGGUCGGCACCAACCUCCUCUCGUGCAUCGCGACCCGGGACGGCGCGAACGUCCGCGACACCGCGCGCGCCCUGGUGCGGGCCGCGCGCGUCGCCGAGGCGGCCACGGGGCGCCCCAGCCACGAGCCCUCGCGCGUGCGGUACAGCCGCAUCAUCCGCGGCGUCGAGGUCGAGGUCGACGCCAACGUGGUCGCCCUCGUCCCCGCGGCGCACACCGCGGAGCUCCUCUUCAUCGAGGACCCCCUGGACUCCCCCCAGGCGCGCGAGCUGGGUCUGGGCCCCGCGGCCGCGCCGGAGGACAUGCCGUACCCGCGCGCGACGGGCUUCCGGCUGCCGCCCGGCGGCACGGCGGCGGACGACGCGCUGCGCCCGGCGUCGCUGCCCAGCCUGGCGGCCCAGGAGGACGCGCCGCUGGUGGAGACGCUCUCCGAGGCGCUGCAGACGCUCGAGGCGCAGACGGGCGGGCACAUCUCGCGCACCCGGUGGGCGCGGCGGCUGCUGCGCGGCCUGUCGAUGCCGACGGGCGUGACGUACUGGGUCACGAACAAGGCGGUGGACGUGCUGUGGAGCUCGGAGCAGGUGCAGGACGUCUUCGCGCGGGACUUCAAGGCAGGGAUGAACCUGUACACGCUGACGCCGAACGACGUGCUCUCGCAGGCGCGCGACAUGCACAUGGAGAACAUCCACAGCGAUCACCACGGGCUGCAUCCCUACUCGGUGACGCCCGUGCUGCUGAACGGCGUGCGCGGCGACGGCACGCGCUUCCCCACGAGCACCACGUACGUGUACACCUCGAGCGGGGCCGGCCCCGCGACGGAGACGCGCGUCGCCUUCGCCAUCCGCGACGACUCGGACUACGCGCACGGCAUGGCGCCGCCCGUGGUGCCGCCCGAGCGCAUCGGCACCGGCAUGCACUGCGUCCGCAUGCGCGUCUCGUGCGACGGCAACGUCUCCGCGGUCGCGGGCGAGUGCCGCGCCAUCUUCGAGCGCCCCCCGCGGCAGAUCCUGGGCAACCUGCUGCUCGACCUGGUGCACAAGGACGACCGCGAGCGCGUCGCGCAGGUGCUCUCCGACGCGCUCUACCGCGCGAGCACCGUCGAGGACAGCGAGCCGGGCAAGGUCGUCUUCCGGCCCAAGCGCGUGCCGCUCAAGGAGCUGCCCUCCGCAGCCACCCCCGCGGGCAACCCCGCGCAGCGCAGCCGCUCGGCGCGCGAGCCCGGGCAGGCCGAGCGCCUCAGGCAGGACGCGCAGGGGCAGUGCGUUGAGGCCAUCCUGCGCCCCACCAAGGACGGCGGCUGCGACGUGCACCUGUGCGACGUCCUCCGCGACGCCAACCUCCAGGCCGCGCGCAUGGUCCCGGACGUCCUCAUGCGCCACAUCCAGGUGCCCGUCGUCGAGCUCGACGCCGCCGGCGAGGUCGUGAACGCGACCGCCGCCGCCGCCGGCCCGGGCGGCGCCGCGGCCACCGGCGCGACCAUCCGCCAGGCGCCGGGCGUCGACGCAUGGGACCGCGCGGCCGCGGCCGCCCUGCGCUCCGCUGGGGCGCCCGCGACGGCGUCCCGCAGCUUCGCGCUCCAGGACGCCGCCAGCGGCCGCGCCGGCGAGGUGGUCGUGCACCGUGCGUGGGUGCUCGUGCCCAGCCAGGGCGACAACAGCACCUCCCUGCGCGGGUUCAGCGCCAUCCACCAGCCGCUGCCCGCCGCGGCGCCCGCGACCUCGGGGGGCGCGGUCAACCUGACGGCGGACGCGGCGAGCGCGGCGGCGGCGGCGGCGGCUGCGGCGCGGCGGACCAAGCCCGGCCCUUUGCUGCAAGUGCAGGCGCCCACGUCGCAGGGCCGCGACGGCACGGGGCCGAGCGGCGCCGCGAGGCUGAGCGGGGGCGGCCAGAUGGGCAGCGCGGGCCUGUCCGGGCAGCUGCGCGGCGCGCAGGAGCCCCGCGGGGGGCCCGCGCUGACGCCGCUGCACCUUGCCCAACAGCUGCACGACAUCGUGUCGCGCGGCGACACGGAGGGCAUGCACUACGUCCUCAUGACCCUGGGGCAGGAGAGCAAGGGCGGCGCGCAGGCGCUGCAGGUGGCCAUCAGCGGGAGUCUGUCGGGGAGCGGCGUGUCGCCCGUGCACCACGCCGCGCUCGAGGGCGCCACGCGCAUCCUCUCCCUGCUCCUGUCGGUCGCCCCGCAGUCCGUGCGCCAGCUCGACGAGCAGGGCAACGCGCCUCUGCACCACGCGGCCGCCGCGGGCCAGGCGGAGUCGGCGCAGCUCCUGGCAUGCAUGGGCCCGGACAUGCUGCUGGCCCGCAACGCGCAGGGACGGUCCCCGCUGGAGGUGGCCGAGACCGCGGGGCACUGGCAGACCGCGCAGAACCUCCGGGCGAUCAUCCAGCAGCACCUGGCGUCGCAGUUCGCCAAUAUGCGGGUUGACAACCUGUCUUGA